GUCCGCCACUUGGAAUCCUUCCAACCGGUUUUCUACUUGGCCUUUGCAAGAUUAUUCUCUUCUUUUUAUCGCGAGGAGGUCAGCCUUGGAAGAGCCGCUGUGCUUUUCUUUCUUUCUUAUUCUUUUUUCUUAUACAACUUACCACCCUUCUUCCUCUUCGCCAACAGCCCGGCUACCCAGCAGCCACGCCGCCUCAGGCGUCAUCAACACCCUUCUCCGCUAUCAUCGUGCAUAACCCUGGCAAUCUGCCCCAGUCGAAUGCGAUAAAGCCGGCGGAUCACAAGGCAGGCUGUCGAUUAUGUCGGACGACAACACCUCGCAGGAUGCUCCCGCCAAAUCCAAGGGCUCAGCAACAGCCAACGGCAAUGGAACGAGUUCAGGAUUCAGCGCCGGCCCGGCUGGCCAUGGUUUACGCCGUUCCAGAACUUCCGUAGACGAUGUCUCUUCUUCGCGCCAUCGCACUGGUACACCAACAGGACGAUUCGCAGAUGCUACGUUUGAUCUGCCUCCGCAGCCACCGCGACGGAGCUCCAACUUCUCCGAGUACAGUUUCAACGAGGCGCGCGAUCUCCUCAAUCCUCAUGGCCGUUCCCGCGAGCCCAUUGAUACAUCUUCUCCGGAAUCAUCAUCUCUCGCCGGCCUAUCUCUAGCGUUUGCUCUGCUGCCUGCGCUCUCAGGUGUGCUAUUCACCAAUGGUCAUGCCGUUGUAACGGAUAUAAUGCUGCUUGGCUUGGCCGGCAUCUUCCUGCACUGGUCUGUAACGCAGCCAUGGAUCUGGUAUCACGCCGCACAACAAGUACGAGUUCAACAAGAAGACGAUAGCGACAUUGCUGUAGACUCCGAAAGCGAAUACGAAACAGCAGAUGGCGAACUAUCCAAUAGCACUGUGCUUGAAGACGUCCCAGAAGAAGGCAACUCAGCAGACAGGCCUGCUAGUGCUGGCCAAGACAAGAUUAUUACGCCGCAGCAGCAAUCUGCAUUGACCGAGCUCUAUAUGCAUGAAGCGCUAGCUCUCAUCUCCUGCUUUGCUCUGCCCCUUGUUAGCGCCUACCUUUUACACGCCAUCCGAUCACAGCUCAGCCGACCUUCCGAAGGGCUCGUAUCAAAUUAUAACCUGACAAUCUUUUUGCUCGUAGCCGAACUUCGAGCCAUGUCUCAUAUGAUUAAGCUUGUCCAGGCCCGGACGCUCUAUCUACAACGCAUUGUGCACGAGAACCCCUAUGCCAUGGCUAGCACCAGCGGCUCUCAAGUUGCCGAGCUCAUUAGCCGCGUUCAAGUUUUAGAAGGCCGAGCAGCGCUUGGUGGAUCUGAACACCUUGAUAACAAGCAGAGCAGCAUAAGCAAGCAGCAAGCUGAGACCACCAUAGCACAAGAUGUUCGCGCUGCCAUCCAACCAGAGCUCGACGCACUCAAUAGGGCAAUGCGCCGAUACGAGAAGCGAAGCACGCUUCUUCUGCACCAGACUGAUGCACGCUUUGGUGCCACCGAGGCAAGGCUUGACGAUGCUAUAGCCCUCGCUGCUGCCGCCGUGAAAAACAGUGCCACCAACAGCAGCAGCCUGGUUAUGCGGGUUCUUGAUUCCAUUUUGGCCAUUAUCCUCUUCCCUUUCAACGUUAUGGCCCAGAUUAUGGUAUUUCCCCUGCGCCCUUUCACAGCAUUCUUUCAGAAAAAAGGAGGCAAGCAGUCUUCGUCGGCACAGGCCAAUGGUCGCUCCCGACGACCCGGCAAAGUCUCUGUACCCUCUCGAUACGGGGGAGACCGGAUGCCAGCACGUUUACCCAAACGGUAACAGAAAUGAGUUACACGAAAUCCAUCUUCAAUUUAUGCGCUUAUUUCCAUGUUUCCGUCACGAUGCCCGCCUCCGUUAUUGUUCAUGUCCGAUACCUCUCUCCUACAUUCUACCACCCACGAAAUGUGGCUACCUGCUUUACACUUUCUCUUCUUCAAAAGUUAU